CCUCUGCGUUCUACGUGAUCCUAUAAGGAGUCGAAUCCCGCGCUUGCACAACCUCGACACCAGUACUCCCUGUUGUUUCGUGAUGGUCCCACACCACGAUCUCGCUGCAUCAAUGACAUGUUCCCUGAUAAUCUUGUCGCCGGUGGAAGUUCGUUUUUGAGAUCUGAUACCUCGUCACAUGACUCUUGUGGAGGGAGAUGAUAUCAGACAUCUUCACAGUUUCCUCCACCGCUCAAGGAUAAGUCAAGACUCGCCUGCGCAACCUCCCUCUCUCUCGCUCACCAGGUUCGCUCACGCAUCUCGCCGUAGUCCCCCGCUCUCUGGUGAGGGCAGAUAUACGUUCAGUCGAUCGCAAUGGGUACCAAAGGCCACAGACAAGUUCGGUACAUUAACUCUGUCAGUGAUGGGGACCAGCGGCACUGGCCGCCAAAGCCAUACAGAGCCAGCGAUGAGCAACGCUAUCUUAACAUGAUUGGCAGUGCCUGGGCACAGCAGGAUGGUUUGGCAGGACCUGGUGCCGAGUUUGCCAUCAACAAGCUCCCUGCUGGCUACUCUCUAUUCGAGAUCGACCAGCCUGGUGGCCCGCAAGUGUACAAACGACUUUUCGGACAUCCGUCUGGAACCUAUUUUGAUUCUGCGCAAAAGUUUCUACCACACUUUCUAUGGCUAAUGAGCAACAUGGCUGGUGACUGCUCUUGCAUUUUGUGCAAGAAAGCUAAGCACAAGUCAUCGGUGAAAAGAAGCCAACCACCAGGUGUAUCCAAGCCAUCACCAGGCAGACAGAUCAUCCCACGGCCAAACGCACGAAAGCCUCGAAAUGCCCUUGACCCUUCUUUAAUCAUCAGCGACUCGAGAAAACAGCAGAUGGACGGUGAUAGCAAUGGUUCAAGCAGAUCACAUUCCUUGGCAGGGAAUCGGCGACCGCAACGACAGAUCAGAGCUUCUGGCGCACCAUAUGCAGUUGAUGCUUUCGGACACGAGGAUGUGUACAAAGACCUUGUCAGAAGACUAUGGGGAGCAAAAGAUAGUAAGCAGGGCAUUGAGGAUGAUAUCCUUCAACCCAACACGAUGGACUGGAGGGCCGGGCAUGAACACGAUGGCCACGGGAGAGACGUCAUAGAGCGAUGUAUCACGUCAAUCGCCCAUCAGCAUUCCUUUAUCCCUCGAGUUGGUGAGCUCGUUCUGUGGAUCCCCCAUUUUAUGGACAGACACUUCCUCAUGGUGGAUGAUGAGACCCCGCAUGGAGAAUUCAAAUUCUAUUCACCAGAUCAAAAGUGUUUCCAUGGCCACCCUGAUUGGAGAGGUGGCGUGGUUGUAGAGGCUCCCAUUGCCUCGUCUCUGAACAGGCCCAUUGAUUUUCCAGAUAUUCAAUGCCUGACGGAAAGCAAGAGAUCUUUGAACACCUCGGGGUUUCGAAUCGAGACAUUUCCCGACCCCAACAAUGAAGUGGACAAAUCGGCAUCAAAGCAAUACCGAUAUGUUCCCAUGAGGAACAUUCGUCCCUUAUCUCAGUGGCAUGUACUGUUACGAGGGAUUCCCGAACAAAAGUGGCACCCGUCGAUUCGACACGCUUUAACUUGCAUGACCAGCAUCUCAUUGAUGGAAAAGUUCUGGUUUAGUGGGAAAUGGCCAGAGGCCAAAAUUUCUUGCAAGGCAAUGUACUUGGGUUCAGAACUCAUCACAGUCGGUGAUGUCGUCCGCAUCAAACCUGACCCGUCUGGAGCAACAAGAUUCCCACAAUGCACGGAUGUUAUGAUCGUUGACGCCAUCCGACUCCAUCUUGGUGACAUCAGACAAGAGUACAUCGCGCCAGACCACGACCAGCUAGCGUCUGCAUAUACCCUCUCGCUCAAAGGACGUGCGUACACUCUUGAUGCACGUCGUUCUUUUGACAAGGUAGAGUCCCAUGCCGAGUUUCCCCCUCGCCCUGUGGCUGUUGCAGUCGACCUGGACGAGAUUAAAGCGGAAUUCCGACCUGUUGGUGCAGCCGACUAUGGUCCCUGGUAUCGUCUCCACGACCCAAAGAAAUUCUAUGCCAUCACACAAGACAUGGUUUUAGGCCGUUUGUACGAGUCCGGAGCGGUCCAACUUUGGACAGGUCAGCUACAGAGGAAACAGAAACCGGGCGCUAAGAUUGAGCCUCCCAGUCUAAACUUUGACGUGCAUGGAAUUACCGAAGGCCGUCGAUAUGCCACCAAACACGAUUUGAGACUGGACGAGGUCUCCACAGAUGAGAUUCAAUGGUUCUGGGCAGAUGACCGGGCAGAAGCACUCGAUCUCGAAAUGUUCAACGGAGUGAAAGUCGGAAGAUUCGCUGAUUUCAGAGACAAACCUACACAGGAGCAAUGGCGGCGAAAUGUUCGAAUCAUUGACGGACACACAGUGGCGAAUGACUACUCCAAGUAUACGCAGUUUACUGAAAUCCAGCUUCCAGGAGCCACCCGAGGUAGGAAGCCGGGGUCCAAGGUGGUGAAUGGAAAGGUGCUAUAUCCGGGCCAUCCAGACUACGGCGCAGCUGUCGCAGCUGGAGCCGACGAUGUACCCAGCACGCCUCGUAAGCACAACAGCCAGCUCGCAGGUGCAGCAUUGGUGUCAACGGAUGAAGAAAGCUCCUCGGAAGACGCCGAAGAGUACGAAGAUGCACUCGAGGAUCACCCGACAGGUGACACAGUUGGAGCUUCAGGUAUUCUUGAGACGUCAGCACCGCCUCCGAAGCCCGCACAAGCAUUACCUCGUACCAAACAGCAAAUCAUGGGGAGCGUGGAGGACGUGAUUGAACUGGAUGAUGAUUCGUCUUCUGAUGACCAAGACUGGUUAGAAGGUCCUCCUCCAUUGAUUAGAGGAGGGACCGAGGAGUCUGAAGGGGGUGAUUAUCGACCUGAUUGAGAAUAGGAUGAGUUCAUGGCGUGUGCAUGAGACUUUGGAGUGGUCAUGCGAGCAGCAAGAUUCUACUUGACUUUGAGAGCGAUGAAUUAUGUAUGAUCUGACCUGAUGAGGGACGUCAAACAAGCGGCGGCUAGGAUAAUGUCAAGUUCGCCCAUGGUUCUAGGUGGAUGCACGACAGUGAAAGAAAGCAUGGGAAAGAAAAUGGCUACAAGUCCUGCUCAUAAAUUGGCAUGUAAAGAUACCUGAUCGACAUGAUGCACUCAGUCAGAGGUGGUUGCGAAUCAAAAUAUGGGUUGACCUG